AUGUCUGUCUCUGAUAACGAUUCAGAUGUCAGCGAAGACGGAAUUUCGAUGAAGAUCGACUCGAAAGGGAGCAAAGAUUGCAACGUAAGUAAUAAAAUGAGACACACAUCAGUAGCUAAAUGUUACAUGAGGUCUCAGUGUUUUCAAUAUUAAACAUUCAUUUAAGUACAGAAACCCAUCGCUUGUCCUUUAAUAGAGAUAUUUUAAGGCAUAGUCAAUUACUUCUGUUAAUCUUACUUCAUCGGGAAUUAUGAUUGACUGAAAAGCACACUUCAUAUCCCAAGACUAACUUCCAAUCAUAUCGUACUUCAAUUUCAUGAGGUAAACCAUUCAAAUAUCGUUAUAAUGUGGUAGGCUAAGUUCUCCAGUCAACGUUUUAUGUACCCAUUACGUAAGUGAGUUUUCUUUGGCUAGGUGUCAAAGGGACGAAUUUACUUGUGUGAAAUAAAAUCCAGCAAACCUGUUGAGCCUUUGUCUAGACAGUUAAUUUUGGGGGUGUGUUGGAGGUGUGGUAUUGUGCAAUAAUGUUAAUUGUGUACAAAGUACGGCUGGAACUUUUUUCAAUUUUUUCUGAUUACUUUAAUGUUUGCUUAAUCCCAUAUUUCUAAUUUAUAUAAAACUUGAAAUAAUAUAUUGUUUACAUGCUAUUCCCUGUUAUUUGUAUUUGGAUUAAUUUUUCCAGGAGAUUUUCUCAAUUGUUGUGUUUGAAAUAACACUAAGUAAAUUGCUCUAAAGAAAUGAGGCAUUUUCAUAUUGAAGUCUUAUAAAAAAAUUUCUCAAUGGCAUAUAAUGUUCAAAGUUUAUGCUUUAAGUGAUAAUUCUUUAUUUUAUUUAUUGUACUUGUAUUUAUUUACCUAAUUGUGUGCAUAUCUGAGUUGGUAGUAUUAAUAUUAAGCCCAGAGAAAUAAACCAACUCCUAAAAGAAGUGGAUAAAACACACUUGAAAACCAAACAAAAAUUUAGAAAGAAUGUUGUAGAUUAUGUUACAUAGUAGUGGCUAAUAUUAUAGUAUAGUGACUAUCAGUAAUAGAGUCUGGCUCUAAUUUUGUCUCAACAGACAUUUGCAACACCUGCGGAAUUUGUCAAGCGUUGUGGUGGCUCAAGAGUUAUAGAAAAGGUCCUGAUAGCCAAUAACGGCAUUGCAGCUGUGAAAUGUAUGAGGUCUUGUAGACGCUGGGCUUAUGAACUGUUUGGUAAUGAGAAAGCUAUACGUUUUGUUGCAAUGGUCACCCCAGAAGAUCUACGGGUGAGCAGCUUUGAAAAUUCUACUGUUCUUAACUCUUUAUAUUCUUGAUGAUAUGGUUUUUAAGUGAACUGGUAAUCUGCCUCGUUUCUCACAAAAAUAUCACAGUAUAUCUCCCAUUUAUUUCCACCAGAUAUAAAAUUGUGUUCAGAAUGUUAUAGUGCCUACUCAAUUUGCUAUAAAAAAAGAUGACCAUGCAUUUAGAUUAGUUGGAUGUUCAUGUUUUAAAGUUGAUCUGAAUGUUUGAAGUUAAUCUUUUUUAUUCGUGGGGACAUAUAACUCAUUAUUAAGAAAAUCAAGAAUUUACUUUGAAGUACAAAUGACUUUCAGGCUAAUGCAGAGUACAUCAAGAUGGCUGAUCAGUAUGUACCAGUACCUGGUGGAACAAACAAUCACAACUAUGCUAAUGUUGAACUGAUUCUGGAUAUUGCAAAGAGAAUUCCUGUGCAGGUUUGUUCUUUUCACCUGAAGCUGCUAUGUACCUGUACCUAAAAUUUUAGUAUGCCUUAGGCAAUGCCAUAUUUUACUAUACUAUGCCUGUUGGACAAAGAAUAUGAUCAAUUGUGGAGUCAAAAUAUUUGCCAGUUAUGGUUACUUUCCCACUCACUGCAAUUUAAAUAAAUAAUGUUACUGAUUUUGAUGUUCCUUAACAAAAGAUUCAAAGUUUGCAUUACUUGUUGAACAUCUCUAGAGUCAAUAUCUCACCCACUGAUUUGAUCUGUUUCUUUAACAAAAGAUUCAAAAUCUGCAUUAUUUGUUGAAAAUCUCCAGUAUCAACAUCUCACCCACUGAGAUUAUCUGUUGAUUCAAACUUCAGAGUCAAAUUGUUUUUCAAUCAACAAGGAUGAAAGUAAAAUAAUCUUUGUUUCCUUGUGGUAAACAUAUUUAUAGCACUGAAAUGUGACUACUGUGAAGCACUUGAGCCUAGUUUUAAUGAAAGACAAACAAAUGCCUGAAAGAUAAACCAGAAGCAGCAGGAAAUGCCAUUGCCCCCACCUCCAAAAUGAGACUGCAAAGUUUUGUUAAUUUUCCAGGCAGUUUGGGCUGGAUGGGGUCAUGCCUCUGAAAAUCCAAAACUACCCGACCUUCUUUCAAAGCAUGGAAUCACUUUUAUUGGUAAGUAUACUUUUCUUUGCCUAUACAUAUGGAAGCAGUCUUGUAUCAGCAAAUGUGUGUUGUCAUGCCCUGGUGUAAAUUGACAGUGCACUAACAGGAUUGUAGAUAAGAGUCAGCAGCCAGCAAAGUUUCGCUGGCUACUUUCAUUGCUUCAAAAGCCCAUACAGAGAUGAUGUUUAUCAGGUCUAAACUUGGGCUCAAUAAAAAUAUAAAUUUACACUGCCUAUCUUUUCUGAAAACAUAAAAAGACUUCUGACUCAAGGUUAGUUUAAAAAUGCUCUGAUGGGGACUGUCUUUUUGACAAAUCUUGCUGUGGUGGCAGGGAAAGUGUGAACAAUAUGACAUUUUGUCCGCCAUAUUGGAUUUUGAUACCCACAACUGUUUACCUUUAAAAAAGCUCCGGCUGCUCAAAACCUUAAAGAAAACCCUGACUAAUCAGUAUGCAUUAUUCAUGAAGGAUUGCCUUUUUCUUUGUAAAUAAAGUGAACCUCUGAUAAAUUCCUUAUUCAGGCCCUCCAGCUUCAGCCAUGUGGGCUCUUGGUGACAAAAUUGCAUCAACCAUAGUUGCUCAGACAGUUGGUGUACCUACUCUACCUUGGAGCGGAACAGGUGGUUAAUUGUUUGACUGCUCUAACUGUGUCUCUCGACUGAAAUUUCUCUUGAUAAUUCUUGGAAUAUAUGGUGAUAUUCCUCAAUUUUCAAACUUUGUCUGAUUUGAUGCAAGUCUUAAGUGAAUACUUGGAGCAGUGUUAGGUAGUGUUUUUUUGUUAACUUAAGAAAAGAAAAAAUCACCCGUUCAAGAGAACACCGUAUUUAGGUUUAUGAUAAAUGUAUCAUUACAUACAUUUAUAUAAAAUUUACACAGAAUGAUAAUGUUUGGCCUUGGAUACCAUAUCACUUUUUAAACACUCAGAUUUUCUCAAGCCUUCCUUUGACUGGAAAAUUGUUUUUUUCUACAGUCACUGUCCAGAAAAAUGUCUAGGCAUGCUCUCAUCCCAAAUAAAGAAUACUUCUGACAUCAUUUUAUGUUGAGUUGUUUUUCAUUUACUAAAUGUACUCUGUUUUAGGUCUUAAACUUGACAAGUCAUCUAAAGACUUUGUUGAUGGAAAAGUUGUAGGAGUCUCACAUGACUUGUACAUGAAAGGCUGUGUGCAGGAUGUCAGUCAGGGAAUCAAAUAUGCUAGAGAUAUUGGUUACCCUGUGAUGAUCAAAGCCUCUGAAGGUGGGGGUGGUAAAGGAAUCCGCAAAGCCUCAAGUGACGAUGAGUUUACAAACUUCUUUAGACAGGUACAGUGUAUGUGUUCACUAUGCCCUUUAAUAGAGAAGCUUAUGUUAUUUUCCAAUGGCAGUUUUGAAAUAUAAUUGUAUAAAACCCUGAUUGAUCAAACCACAAUGAAAUAACUAUUUGUACUUGUUUUGAAACCUGAAAAAGCAUAAUACAUAAUUAUAACAAUAAUGUUAAAUGGUAUUUACUUGCAUCAUGGAUGAAUUUAGGUUAUGUGUGUUAUUAUAAUUACAGGAUCAAUUAAAUUAUGAAAAAUGAUAAUACUUUUCUCUAAUUUUUUUCCCAGGUUCAAACUGAAGUACCUGGUUCUCCUGUGUUUGUUAUGAAGCUUGCAAAAAAGUAAGUAUUAGUAUUAAAUAAUUAAUACAUCCUAUAUGAAUGAAAGUACCAGUUAUAUGACUUACUCAGGAUGAACUAUUUUUCUUGUACUGUGAUAAAAAUCUUUGUAAAAUACUAUUUUAGUGCCAGGCACUUAGAGGUCCAGCUAUUGGCUGAUGAGCAUGGCAAUGCAAUGUCCAUUUUUGGACGAGAUUGUUCAGUGCAACGAAGACAUCAAAAGAUAAUAGAAGAAGCGCCUGCAGCUAUUGCUAAACCUGAUGUUUUCAGAAAGAUGGAAGAGGUAUUAUUGAAAGACUUGAUUUGUGUACCAAUAAGAUUGAAACAAGCUUAACAUUAUAAAGAGAUAACUAAAAGACAGUGUUUUAAUGCAAAUACAAGCUGUGAAUGUUUCUAAUUUACUGUGCAUCAAAUUAUUAUACCAGCUGGCCUGAAUUCAAAGAAAAUCUACUUAAAAAAGUUUUCAUUGGCUUUUUCCUAAAUUUGACUGGAUUGGUAGUGUGUCAGGCAUAUCAUUAGUUUUCUUUAAAAACCUAAAAUACAUUGCUACUGGGGUAAGGGCUGGUACAGUCCAUUUUCACAAAACUGAAUCUGUAGGUAUUUUUCUGCCAAAUUGUAGUUUUAAGUAAAGAUUACUAGUAAGUGGUACUCAUUAUUUAGGUUUAAAUGAGCCCUGAUUUUCUAUGUUAUCAGAAUGCUGUUAAGCUUGGUCGUCUUGUGGGUUAUGUCAGUGCUGGAACAGUCGAAUAUCUCUACCAUCCUGAGGAUCACACUUUUCAUUUUCUGGAACUGAACCCUCGGUUACAGGUACAUGUAGUUCAAAGUCAAGACUAAUCGUAUAUUGACUGGCAUCCUUAUGAUAUAAUUUGCCCGCCUCUGCAAAACUGAAAUCAGAGGAUUCAUUUGAAAUAUGGUUCUGUAUCAUAACCAAAUGAUGGGGUAUUUCAUUACAUUUUCACUAUUGUCUUUUUUUUCAGGUUGAACAUCCCUGCACUGAAAUGGUUUCUGACAUAAACCUUCCUGCAGCCCAGCUUCAGGUACACCCAACAACUAUUAGUCCAAGUUAUGUAAUUUUCCUCACUGAGCAGGUUUGAUUUUUGGGUUGAGGCUGUGCAAUUUUUCAGCAGACCAGUAAACCAGGCAUAUGUUUGGCUUGACAAUAAAAAUUUUCACUUUUAAUACAGUAUAACCAAAAACAAUAUUAAAUGAAGAAGAAAAGAAAAGAAACAAAUAAUUUAAAGACAAAAAAACAAAAUGAUACAGCCCCCACAAAAUGGGCUGCAAUGGAAUUUCAGUGGUGUUUACAUCACUUACAUGUACAUGUAUAUAAGUUUGUCAGUGGUAAGGGGCACAUAGGAAUGUCUAUCUUUAGUUAAUGAUCAUACAAAAUGUGAAUCCUGCAAAACAAAUGGCAUCAUAAUAACUUGUUGAGGAAGGUAAAGUAGAAAUAAUUUCUGCAGUAGUUCCCCAUGUACUUUUUGUUCUGUCUUGCAGGUGGCAAUGGGGAUUCCUCUGUAUAACAUUAAGGAUGUCAGGACAAUGUACGGUUUGGAUCCCUUUGGAAAGGAGCCCAUAGACUUUGACAAGUAAGCUGUUCGAAUGUUCUGAAUUCUGUUCAAAUAAUUAUUAUCAUAAUGAUAAAAUAAGUGGCAACUGAUUUUCACUGGGGGAGCUUUUUUGACAUUGCUGAUCCCUGCAGCAUCAAGGAUUCUGGUCACAUUGACAACUUGUAUCGUGUUUUAUGGCUUCAGCUUGCCAAUAAGUUUUUUUUUAAGAUCAUGGUGGAGCAUCACACUGCAAAAUCUAAGAUUCUUUGGUUUGAUCACUACACACAGAUGUUUUUCCUUGAUUAACUUUUUCUUCAGUAUUGACAAAUAUAAUUAUGUAAACUAUAUAUUAGACUAUAUACAACACAAUGGAAAAUGGAUUUGACUCAUUAAUUAAAUAAAAUUAUUUGAAAUCCUUUUCCAGGCCGCAGAACCCUCCUAAACCAAGGGGACAUGUUAUUGCAACUCGAAUUACCUCUGAGAAUCCAGAUGAGGUAACUUAGUAAUAUUGACUUCUACAAGUAAUCCAAAUAAUACACACUGACAAUUGCUUUUUGUAACACAGCCAAUUUCCUCAACCCUAAUGCCAGAUGUUUAAGAAUUGCAGCUCUCUAUAGCCUAGUCUCAACAUUUAUUAUUAUGUCUUAAUAGAAUUAUGAGUCGACAAUAAGGUUUACAUUAACUUGAAUGGAGCUUUCAAAUAAUCCCUCUGGUUGGCUAAAAACUAAAUUAUGCAGGGAUACACGAAAUGAAAAACUGUUCAAUAGUUGUGGGUCUUAGUAUAUUUGUAACAAACGCUGAUGUCGAACUUUCUAUCAGUAAGGUAUUCUGACCAUUUCCUUAAUGUUUGCAGGGAUUUAAACCAAGUAGUGGCACAGUAACAGAGUUGACAUUUCGCAGUAUGAAAAAUGUUUGGGGGUACUUCAGUGUAGGAGCUGAUGGUGGCCUGCAUGAAUUUGCAGACUCUCAGUUUGGGCAUUGCUUUGCUUGGGGAGAGGACAGAGAUGCAGCAAGGAGGUGAGGAAGUUCAUUCAUGUCAUUGUUGCGAAUUAAAGAAGACAUUUAGUAAUAAAUAUAUAAAAAACCACUUAAAAUAGAAGCUUUCUGUAUAUGUCUGUUAAUAUGUAACUGUCUAUUGGAAAAAUGCUAUGGAGAAUACAGUCUGUAAUGGCCCAUAUGGCAAAAAUCGGCAAAACCCCAGCAUCAGCCCUACGCAGGUUGUUGGUGAUAUCAUUAUCUCAUCUCAUUUGUGUUCCAAAGGAUUUGAAACUUCAGCUAUACCUUUAUUCCCCAUUUUUUCCUAAUUGUUUAAGUUUUUAAUGAUCAUCUGUGUAUUUGUUCUGUUUUGUUUAUUUUGAUUGUGUUGGUUUUUAAUAACUGCUGGAACAAUCUGGACAAUUCAGCCAACCAUGUAGCAACUGGACAUAAUUUUCCUAAAAUUAAUGCUCAGUAAUCAUUAUUAGUCACUAGGCAAUUAAAAUAAUAAGUUAAAUAAUUAUUUUUCAGAAAUAUGGUGUUGGCCUUAAAGGAAAUCUCUAUUCGUGGUGAUUUCCGAACCACUGUUGAAUACCUGAUCCAGUUGCUGGAACAUGAAUAUUUUUCAACAAACAUAAUAGACACUGGCUGGUUGGACUAUUUAAUUGCCAAGCAGGUUCAGGUUAGUAAUCACCUGUCACAGUACUCAUUUAAAAAUUUGUUCCUCUUUCACUUUCAGUUCAUCUAUCAGCUCAUCCUCUGUUGGAUUUUCAGAAAUAUUUAAUUUAAUGUUUAAUUAUUUAAGUAGUAUGUGGGUCCUGGGUAAUGUAGCAACAUUCACUUCAGCUAGCCCCAGGCAGACUACUACUCCCCCAGUGGCAAAUCCUGCAAUCAAACCCCCAUUUCUGGCCUGCAUGUGAGUGACCAUGGUUUCAGGUGGGAGAGAAGGGCUUUUGGCUUGGAGGCAACCACGACUCUGAACUCUCAAUGGUCGUAAGGCAGCCCUCACGACAACGAGAUCUAAAAAGAAAAGGUGGUAGUGGGGCUUGGAGGAGGGUGAAUAAUCUAGUAGGCACCCCUCAAAACCGGUUUUGUAGAUGGGGCCAAAAUCCUAAGGAAGCACUUGAAAGCAACCGGGCUACAAAAACCGGUCAAGAACGCUCAAAAACAACUGCUAAUGAACCGCUCAAGUACGCUUAAAAGCAACCGCAACGAAAGUGCUCAGGAAAGUUUUGAUCAUGUAGACAAAAGCAAGCAAGAACGCUUAAAGACGCGAAUUAAAUGCUUAGAAACGCUUAAAGACAACCGGCACGAAAACGCUUGAACGCCACAGGAAAACCUUCAUAAGACCGCUCUGAAAAUAGCCUAAACCGCCACAAAAUUGCUCAGGAGAGCUUGAAAACCUUUCUAAAACGCUUUAAAACGCUUAAUUGAGAUAAUUGACACCAAACCGUUCCGAGAACGUCCGAAAACAGCCUCCGUAAAAAUGUAAGUGUAAGCUUGAAAACAAUGGUUACAAAACCUGCUCUGGAACUCCAGAAAUCCUCUCAGGAACAAUUGAAAACAACUGCUUCAAAAGCUACCCAAGAGUAAAUGAAACAACCGCUAUAAAACCGUUCAGGACUACUGAUAAACAGCGACUUGUUGGAGAAUAGAACUGCAACAAGGUGUUGGUCUUAUCUGACAUGCGCGAAUAGGUCAAGUUUGGCCUGGCGCGCGCUCAUUUUCCCGCGCAAAAUUUAAAUGGAAUAUAAACAAACAUACAUCAUAACAUAGCAUGAAGAGUUAACGCUCGAAACGUCAGCUUUUUUACCCUUUACGGUGGCUAAUUUACGUUUUCAACCCAGUUGUUAACACUAAAUUACCUGCUAUACUCUCCCACCGACGCAGCACCACAGUUUCUUUAGAAACUUACCCCUUUAUACAUUAUAACAUAGCUAGUAAAUUUGUGUAAUCAAAUUCAAUUGCGCGAGCGUGCUUCAUAUUCCUAUUGUGCACGCCCAUGACGUCAGCAAACAAAUCCCUCGAGGAAAAAAAAUUUCCGUCAGGUUGAAAAUAUUAUAAAACGAUUGGUUCAUACGUCAGCGUGCGUUCAUAGAGAUAUGAAGCACUUGGGAAGUUUGGAGAGCACGAAAGAUGCGUAAGAGUUGCUCGAGGUGUAGCCUCGAGCAACUCUAGCUUCUUGAGUGAACCAAUUGUUAAGCGUCACGAAAAGUUUUCGGGGAAGAAAAUGGAACAUUCACGUUUUGAAAGGAAACGAAAGUGACGAAAGAAAAAAUUGAGACUCUUUCAGAUUAUGAAUGUCCUGCUGAUAAGCAAUUUUGUUUUGAGCUUUAUUAAGGAAUUUGAAGGAUUGAACAGCUUUAAGGCAAUUUUUUUGUUUCUUUCUUAACAGACCGAACGUCCUGAUGCAAUCCUGAGUGUUAUCUGUGGAGCCGUUCAGGUGGCAGAAGCAGGUAUAAGCAAGAGAUAUGUGAACUUCAAGUCUGCUUUGGAAAGGUAAAGCACUCUUAUAAUGAUUGAGAUACCUUGCUAGUUUACGUCUGUUGGAAGUGACCGGCUCUUAUUAUUGAGACGUAACGAAAAAAUUCAUUAAGCGAGGAUAGUAAAUUAGGCCUUUUCUUUGUUUCUUUACCUCAGGGGACAGAUUCUUACAACUGAUUCUUUGUUAAACACUGAAGAUGUUGAACUGAUUAAUGACGGAAUUAAGUACUGCCUAAAAGUGAGUGAAAUUUUGAUCUAAAAUUGUUUUUUACGUAAUCGUUUCUGAUAAUUGCCUGUAGCUUAGUUUGUUUUUUCCCUUCAUUUUUUAAAAACUUCCAAGGUAUGGAAAUCUGGGGCAAACACAUUUUUCUUGGUCAUGAACAACUCCUGGACAGAAGUGGAAGCUCACAGGUAUGUAUUGUUUAGCUAGCUAACAUCGAUGUUUUGAAAUCGGAAAUCUCUGGCUUUUUAUGCUAACACUGUUCAUAAGUUUUGAAACCAAUUUUACUGCCAUGUUGUCGUUUUUGUGAGAAAAGCGUUUUAUCUGAAUUUGCUGACUGUGCUCAACAGCAAAUUUGUAGCUUAUUCAAUAAAAGCCUCAGCCUCUGUACUGUUUCAUUUUAUAUUGUACCAAAUUGUUAUUAUUAUCAUUAUAUUGUUAUUAUUGCAAUCAUUAUCAAUAGUCUAUAGAGGCUUAUUCUAUAAAUUAUCGGUGCUCUUACAGGAAUGCAUAAAACUAACAAGGGCAUUUGAUCUUUGUAAAAUAAAUUCCUUUUUUUUAAUUUUUACGACAUUGACCAAUUAUUCUUCGAUGUGGAGGUAACUAUCCACCACUUUCACCAACACCGAGUUUAAUGAUUGUUUUAGUAUACCACAGAGAAACCGACAAAAAAAUUAGUUAAUUUCUGUCAAUAUUCCGAAGAAUAGUUGGAAAUUAAAUUAUCGACGCGCGAUUUUGUAUCUUCGUCUUCGGAGGUGAACAGUAUUCGCUAAUCACUUGCAAUCUAGCCAAUCGGCGCGAGCGAAAAGCACUAUUUACUUAUAGAGUAUAUACUGAAAUGGCUUAAUAUCAACAUACUUUGUUAUUAUAUUGAUUUUGUUUUUUCAGUCAUACGAAAACUCUGGUUUUGUUCUUUGAACUCGUUACCUUUGAAUUUAUCUUUGUUUUGCAGGAUGAGUGAUGGUGGAUUACUUUUGUCCUGGAAUGACAGCAGUCACACCACUUACAUGAAGGAAGAAGUUGACAGGUUGGUUGAAAAUUAAAUCUUGACUGAUAAGUGAAAGCUAAAAAUUCCACACGACUGUGUGCGUGAUUAUCUUCGUAAUUUAUGUCCAUUUAAAGAUGAAUUUUUUUCUCCUCGCUUUUGAGAGGAAAUUCUUUUGCUUGUAAUGCUUUAAGAGGUGUCUACUUUAUUGAUGCUCUUUCCCUCUGUUGCAACAGUUAUCGAUUGACAAUAAGUGGAAAAACUUGCAUCUUCCAGAAAGAGAACGAUCCAACAGUUCUGAGGUAAUAGCAUCUUUCAAUUUUGACCUUAUUCUCGUUUCUACUAUUUAUACUGUGUCUAAAUUAUGUGUAAUGAAUGAUUAAUAUUUUGAGUGAACUGUUGUUGGAAAAUGAAUUAUUGGAAUCGUGUUCAACUACGAUGAAUAAAAAUGAAUAAAGAAAGUAAACGUGUACAAGUUUCUCAGUUUCUACUUACCUAUCCUUUUUCAGACUCAAGCCCUCAUCUUUAAACGCCUGGUAUAUGUAAACUUACAAAAUUAGAAUAUACAGCAGAAUUUAUUUUGGUCUUCACGAGGUGUAUACAGCAACGGUUAUCGUGUAUUGUGAAGUAUACCCAAUGUUACAUUCUAAUCUUUUUUUCUUUAAACAAUCAGGUCCCCUUCCGCUGGAAAGCUUAUUCAGUUUGUUGUUGAAGACGGAGGUCACGUGUUUCAGGGAGAGUCUUUUGCUGAGAUUGAAGUGAGUUGAAUGGUGGUUCUUCAGCUGUAAGUUCCUACCUAUAGGAAUCUUAGGUUGUGUUCGUAUAUAUUCAGGUUUUAUUUGGCGAGUGUUUUGAUGAAGUUGGUUUAUAGGUUUAUCUCUGAAGGACCAAAAAAAAAUGACAUUGCCUUAUAUUUCAAAUAUUUCAAUUGGUUUUAUCAACUGAGUUGAUGAUGUAAAUUGGUCACCGUAAAGAGUUUCUAAAGCUGACGUUUCGAUGAGGGGUAAGCGCUCGAAAAGUCAGCUUUUGAAACUCUCUAUGGAGGCCAAUUUGCAUUAUCAACUCAGUUACCGACUUAGCGCCAUAGAUUUUUUAGAAACGUACCUCUUUAUUAGAAAAGCCUCAGUUGCAAAGUUUAGAUACAUUUUUGCCAUAUUUUCAUUGCUAUUUUUACUGGGUUUCAGGUUAUGAAGAUGGUUAUGCCUCUUACCGUCAGUGAGAGUGGUUGGUGAGUGAGAUGUUUUUGUAUUUCAGUUUGGUCUCCAAAAUAUUUUAAUCAACAAUUUGUUGCUUUUGACGCCAAAUGGUAACAAUAAUUAGCGAAAGCAUAAGGUUGUCUAGUGCCUUUUGCGUGUUCGUGAUAUUCCUUUUCGGAUUUCUAUCAAAGUAGUUUUUUUGAUGUAAAAUUUAUUAUGGUUUUUUUUUUUACUAGUGUGCACUAUAUGAAGAAUGCUGGAGCUGUGCUGGAGCCUGGUUCUAUCGUGGCCAAGUUGGAACUGGAUGAUCCAAGUAAAGUUACACAGGUAAUAUAAACGAUGACGAUAUCUUAUGCAACCAUUAGUCGCUGAAAGGUGCUAGUACAACAGGAAGACCAAGCAGAAGUAGGCCAGAGUUAACGAUCCGGUGCAACUUGAUCAGGCUAAAUGGAUUUUCUUUUGAAAAGACACGGGUGAACGCGUGUACCACUUUGCUAUAGCGACAAAUUUAUGUUUCUUAGUGUUGAACUUUAGGGCAUGUUAUCAUUUUAGGGCAUGUUAUCAUAUUACAAUGUGCAAGGGUUUUUUGUUUUUCUAUUCGUCCAGGCGCAGCCCUAUACUGGUCAGUUUCCUGAAACUUGUGGAGCCAAACUUAAAGGAAGUAAAUUGCACCAGGUGAAAAAAAGAACAUGUCUUUUCAGUUUUUUUUUCCUCAGAGAGGCGUUUAUUUAAAAUCUUGUGCCGGCUAAUUUAAUCGCUUUUGAUCAAACAAAAUAUAAAGUGAUAGUUAAAGAAACAAACCAAAACAUCACCGCAAUGGUCUUUGUUGUUUGGCGUGUGUGGGAGAAAACCUGAUAAAACUUUUGCUAAUCAUAUAUUCGUAAAAGGGCUGUCUCAGAUGAAAUGGCAUCGUUUAUUUCAGUUGCAAAACUUUUUUUGCAGAUUUUCCACACGGCUCGUGAGAACCUUCAGAACGUCAUGGAUGGUUACUGUGUUGGGGAACCAUAUUUUUCUCAAAGGUUACAAGAAAAUGUUAACACGCUCAUGCAAGCCUUGAAAGAUCCUGCAUUACCUCUAUUAGAAUUACAAGUAAGCUACUUGUUAUCAUUUAACUUUAACAAGGUUGAGUCAUAUCACCAUUGAGUUUUUGAAGUGAUAUAUCUUGGUUAGGAAUAAGAGAGAAUGUUUUGAUUCUUUGCAGGAUAUGAUCUCAUCCAUUUCGGGCCGUAUUCCAGGAACUGUUGAAGAGGCCAUAAGAAAGCAUCUUACAAGCUAUGCCAGUAAUAUCACAUCCGUGUUGAGUCAGUUUCCAAGUCAGCAGGUAAGCUUCGGAGGAAGAAGAUACAGUAAGGAUGACCGUGCUGUACUGGGCAACAUGAUAACCACGAGGGCCCCUCAUUCAUAAAAAUUUUUAUCUUUUGAAUCAGAAGCAGAUUUACGGUUCCCUUUUGUUUAGACAAAACGUGAGACACUGUUGAUGUUGAUAAAGUGCGUUCUUGAAAAAUGUAUUAAAACACUUGUGAAUAAUAUUUGAGAAGCCACGUUACUAUUCAGCUCCAAAUAUGAACAAGGUAAACAUACCUGUAAGCAACUGCAAGUAUUUUACAUUUCUUUCCUUUACCAUAAACAUUCCGAGAAUUGGUGGCAACUGUGAAUGCAGAAAUAAACAAGAUAACUGCCUGAAAUUUGUUCAACAUUUAUCACUGAUUAAUAAGAACUGAAUUUAUUGCAGAUUGCCAAUGUUGUUGAUGCUCAUGCAGCAACUUUGACUAAAAGAACUGAGCGGGAUGCUUUCUUUUUGAACACGCAGAAUAUUGUGCAACUUGUCCAGAGGUAAAAAUUUCAUUUUCGGUGACCUUUUUCCUUUUUUUUUUUUUUCGGCUUUACACAGUCCUGCUUACAACGUAACUCAACGUGUUGAUAGUCUUUCACCUGCUUUGCUGUUUUCUUUUGUGAAUAUGUAAUUCAAUCCCUCACUCCAAGCUGUCAUUGUUUGAAUGCGAUGAGAUCUUUGUUUCAAGCAUAUUUCGAGGUUGCUUUCUCAAAGUUCCAGAAGUUAAAGGAUAGAUAGAACGUGUGAUGUCAUUACUCGCUUCGAGUCGACUAUUGCUGUUGUUAUGUACACAUGUAGGUUCGCGAAAGAUAUAGAAUGAGUAAGAGUAGCAUGCAAUCAAGCAGUCGAUGGGAAGGAGGCUUCUUUAUUCCCUUGUUUUCUCGGCUCUCUUCUCCUGGCCGAGAAUAAAACAAUAAAAACAACUUACAACAGUUGCGUUUCAUGUUCUUACGUAUUGUUGUCCUAUGUUGAAUUAAUUUUCCAUCAGGUAUCGCAAUGGCAUUCGUGGACAUAUGAAGGCAGUGGUUUUGAGUCUGUUAAGGCAGUAUUUGCAGCAUGAAGUAGUUUUUAAUGAAGGUACUGUCUACAAAGAGUGAAGUUCUGAGCGUCCAAACAGAUAUUCAUGAUUUUAAGAAUUAAAUUAAGAGUCAUUCUUUCUCCUUCCUGUUCCACCUCUCAUCCGUAUUUACUCCUGGUGCUUUCUUUGACCAAAGACAUUUGGAAAAAAAUUGCGAAGCGUUACUUUUAUUAACGAUUAUUUAACUCUGCAGGAAACUUUGAAAAGUGUGUCACACUGUUACGUGACAAACACAAGUCGCAAGAUCUCUCUCCGGUUGUGCAAAGUAUUUUCUCUCAUGCUUCUGUAGCCAAGAAAAACCUGCUGACGAUAAUGCUAAUAGUAAGUAAAUAAUCUUACUCUAUUUCUGGUCAUUCUGACAGGAAUGAUUUUCUCUAGUCGUUGACAUUUGUGGUAGUUUUCCUUUUCCGUCAGGGUUUGUUGGAUGACUAUAGUACAUAUCUACUUGGUUUGAGUCAACUCAGGUGCUAAACUCUUUGAAUAACUUCGAUCUUCUAAGGAUCAGUUGUGCGGACGGCAAACUGGUUUGUCAGAUGAACUGAACCAUCUGCUUCAAGAACUUACCACCCUCAACAGACAUGAUAAUGCCAAGGUUGCACUUAGAGCAAGACAGGUUUGUUCGACUAUUGUUACGGUUGUUACUUUAAAGGGUUAGCGCGGCACUGAGGUAUUACUUGGGGCUUUUGCGCUCAAAGUGAUUGCCAUUUAUUUGCAUAACAUCAAAUGAAACACCUUUGGAGGUUCUUUUAAAAUGAGAAUUCGUGCUUACGUUUGGGUGAAAUGCGAUUAGUCUCGUAAAAGCAAAUUGUACUGCGCUUCUGAGGCUCUUUCGAUCUUAAUGAAUUUCCUGCUACCUUAGUUUGGUCCGUUUCAAUCUUCUUUUUUCUUAGGCCUUGCUAGCUUCACAGCAACCAUCCUAUGAACUUCGUCACAAUCAGAUUGAAUCACUGUUUCUUUCCGGCAUUGACAUGUACGGUAACCAGAUGUCUUCCGACAGUUUUCAGGUAUAGUUAAAGGUUGCUCUCCUACAAAAUCCCCAUUCGUACUUAACUAGGAAACACCUUCGAUGGUUUGGUUUCUCUCCAUUUUUAUGGUGAAAACCGACAUGAGUUGGGAAUCUUAUGAUGCGCGUUACUUUUGUGAAGAAAAGGUAAUGCAUCUAUGAUAUUCGAAUAACCUUCCAUUCUCCCAAUUGCUGAUAGGACGCCACUACACUCCCUAUAAGUGUUGUUUUAUCCCCUCCCCCCCCUCCCCCCCCAUAUGAUGGCCCUCGAAAAGAACAGCAUUCGUCCCAGUAUCAACAGAACUCACCUUCUGUUACCCUAACUCUUCUGUUACGUACAGCAUCUUGCCAAACCCCACGGGGCCGAUGCAUAGUAAACGAAAAAGAUGACCGCAAGCAUGAUAACAACUGUAUCUUUAUGGGAAAUGAUGAGUAAAUAUUUAAAAUGUGCUUUUGUCACAGAAAUUGAUUCUGUCAGAGAACGCUAUCUUUGACAUUCUUCCAAGCUUCUUCUACCACUCCAGUGAAGCCGUGAAAAGGGCAGCUUUGGAGGUAUGGUGAUGUAAUGAUGAUAUCCACGCAUAUAAUACUUCAAAUAUUUUUGUGCGCGUGUGAUUAGUCUAAACGCAUCACGUGAUUAAACAGGGGGAAUAUCCGUGGAUAAACCCCAGUGAUAUUCCCUAAUUUUAAAACCUUACAUCCAUACGGAAAACUCCUUGUUUAAGUGCGUUGUCUGGUUUUUACAAAAGAAGGGAAAGGGUCUUUUGUUCAUAAAGUAUCAUUAGAGAACACUGACAGCAAGUCGUUCGGAAACAUUUCUCGCGCACCUUGAACAAUAUUUGAUGGAUGAUGAACACAUUUGCCUCCAUUUGGCGUGAAAAUAUGCUCGCGCAUUUGUCCAUGGACGUUAUCUGUUUAUCGAAGCUCACAGUUUUAUCGAGCUUCGCUCUUGGAAAACUGUUCGUACGUUGGAACGGGUAGUGUCAGCAGACAAAAAGCCGUGCUUAUUUUCGCGCCAAAUGGAGGCAACUGUUUAUAUAUUUAAUUUUUUCAUCACUCUGUUGUAUCGCUGACGAGGGAUAUGUCCUUACACCAUGUUCUGUAGGUUUACAUCAGACGUAGUUACCAAGCCUAUGAACUCACCACAUUGUACCACGAGAAGGUAAAUAGUUAUAUAACUUUAAAGAUCUCUCAGUUAUUCCUUAGCUUUAUUCAAUCACUACACCAACCGACGUUGUUGGUAACGUUGGCUUAAGGAGUUUCCUUUAAGACAAAUUCAUCAGAAUGGCCUUUCUUUAAAACAAUAAUAACAAUUUGUAGCAUGUAUUAUGGUCUUCACAAUCAGAUAUUGUUCGUUUUUUGAGGGAGAGUUCCUUUGUCAAUAAUGAGUAUUGUAUUUGAGUCUUAUUGUACCUGCCUUGUGAUCGGGGAUGGAACCCAAUUAGAGAAACUGAGCUUGAGGCAGUACUGGGUGUGAGACAAGUCUUCUAUUCUGUGGUCCUACUGACGCUUGUUCGUUUGAGUAUGCUGCUCAAGAAGUUAACUUUAGAAUUAGUAUCUUUUCUUUCAACUUAAAUGCUACUGAAGAUCCUGUAUCACGAGCUAAGUGGAAACAAAGAUCAGAAUAAGAGACGUAAUCUAAUAUUAACUGUGAAGUCUUUUGAUAACGUUUUGCUGUAUUUUCUGUUUUCUCAGAUCGACGAAAAUGUCUUAAUUGUGGAGUUCCAGUUUAUUCUUCCAAGUGCACAUCCAAACAGGUUUGUUGUGCUCUAACACACAUUUUGACAUGUCCCAGCGACUUUUACUGACUGCUUUUGUCUUGUGAUUCUUAGGAUGCCACAAAGAGUUCCUUCUAGUAGAACUGUUCUCGCCAUGCCAAGGGUAAGGUUACAUUUGUCUUAGAAAAAAGUCCUAUCGAAUUUUUGACUGUUUUAGCCCUGUUUCAAUGUUUAAUGUCGCUUUGUUUCCCUUUAGGUUCGCAGUCUUAGUGAAGAUAUGUAUGACCUCAUCAAUCAGCAGCCUUUACAGCCAUGCCAAAGAACCGGUGUAAUGGCAGCGUUUCAGUCAAUGGGUGAAUUCGAAAAGUAACUUUUUCUUAUAUUUGUUGUCUAUAAAUAGGGACGGUCUUUCACCCCCUAAAGGUGCACACAUCCUUACGAAGCAUUUGAUUUUCACCCCCGAAUGUCCUUUUUCUUUUUAUUUAAUAGAAUGUAUGUACUUUCUAUUAGUUUUUAUUGUACUCUGCCAUCGCCGCGUCCAGUCCAUUUUCUUGAUAAGGUCUGGGCCACUAGUAUGAUUUGUCAGUAAUGACUAGUUGACCUUUACUGAAAUAAUUUUGUUCACAGAGAAUUUGGAAAGGAGUACCCACAACCCCUCCGAAAACAUCUUACUUGAAUAAAAACAAGCAAAGACUAUGUUUAAGUGUCAUCUUCUUAUCCUUUUCCAGGAAUUUUGAGGAAAUCAUGAAUCGUUUUGAGCCUACAACCCCAGAGCAGUUGUCCCCAUCACCAAUGGGAAGGAAGAUGAGCUUGGAUCCUGUGUUUGAAGCUGAAAAUAAGCCAGCGGUAAGAAUAACGUGAAGCUACGUCAAUAUAUUUGAAAUGAUUUCAUGGAAACGAAGAGAAUUUCCUUUAGAUCAAUUUUCUAUUAAUUGUCCAAUGUAACCUGGGAUUGUUUGCUUUUGCUUUACUUUGCUCCGUGAUUGGUCUAGAAAACUUGCCCGACUCCCUCAACAAAUCAGAUUCAAACCUAAAACCAAUCGCGAUUUUGUCAUUCGCGCUUUCCUACGCUUUAGGCAGUUUGCUUGUUUUUGCUUUGAGUUUUCAUUGGCUCGUUGUGAUAUUUUUCUCUGUUCUGAUUAGCUGUUGUGAUUUCUUUAGUUUAAAGGGCAUGUAAACCCAAAAAUACAUGUUUUUCUUAUACUAUGUAAAAAGUGGCGUAGAAAACGAAUUUGAAAUUCGUUUUGUCCAAUUCGACUUAUUUUAGGAGAAAAUCGGCAUUUUCAACUGAAAUUCCAUUUCCGGUAAAAACAAUAGCGAGAAGUCGUGACGUAAGCGGUGGAACUAAAAUAUUGCGCAACACAUAUUCCCCAGUAGAACUGGUGUGGGAGUUCGUGUAAGUAGUGGUAGUUUGGAAGAUAUUUUUUCGGAAGAUAACAACUCGAAUACCUUAAGCUUAGUACAUGACAGCGAUGGGGAUAAUCCAGAAUCUUCAGGAGAGUCUGAGCCACGUUCUUAACAAUAUGAGCCGCGUAGCGAUCCGCACGAAGAUAGUACAGAACAUGUCAACAGCGAUGCGACCGUCUCGGAAAUUCAGACUGGUAUUUAAUUUACUGUGUGAUUUAUUUGUAUUUGACAAGAAAAUCCAAUAAAGCGGGGGUACAAUCUAAAAGAAUGCAACAGAAAUUUUUUAAACUUGAGCUUCUGAGAGUGUUUUAUAUAAAAUUAUCAAAGGUGCGAGUGUGGAACUUGUCAACCAAUGCCGACAACUCAUGAAAGUGUUUGAUGUACGGAAAUCGGGCUAUUGUGGCAAAAAGUACAGUAGCAAGGGCCUGAAACCCAGAUAAGUUGUAUCACUGAGCAUACAGGUUUUCAGUCAAUUUGCCUUGAUUUCUGGGUGCUGGAGACGGCCAAUUGCGCGUACAGGCAGCAGCAAGGCACAGAUAAUCACACCGGAAACGAGUAAGCUAAAUGUUUUCUGUUUCAUCUGUUUUGUUACAUUUUGAGAUCGAUUUACUUGGGUUGUUUUUGCCAUUGACUUAAUAAUACAGUACUAGAGCUAGUUGUUUUUCGCUUCUUUCCUGGCAGGAAAUUUCGCUAAAUUGCCUACAGAUAGCUUGUUCGUUGGUGUUGGGAAUAUCUCGGCAAACACUUCAGGGUCGCUGUGCCAUCUUGUGCGUUAAACAAUAUCCGAAACAUUUUUCCAGCGAAUUUGGGAUCGCCUUACACUGGAUUAAAACCGCCAAACCUUUGAGAGAAACAAAGGUAUAUGUUAAUGCAGAUCUUAGUUAUUUAUGUCUUACAGCACUGGAGGUUAUGCCCGUUCUUUAUGAGAUACCUAUGUAUUGCUUUCCUUCAUCUCCGAAGCAUUUCCAUCGAUAAACAAGUUGUACCAUAUACAUUUCCUUGUGAGGCCUUCAUAAUUAUCCAACCCUGUUUGUGUUUACUUCGAUUUAAAAUACUGAAAACAUAGUUUUGCAAGCUGAAAUCAGGAUCUUUUAAGUUGUACUCAAAAUGAUGAAUAUUGUCCUACUGACCUUUGAAUGUAUUUUCACUGUUGUGAAAAUCGUGACACAAAUUCUUCUGCUGUUUCUCUGCAGGGUUUCUCAAAGGAAGCACCAAGUGGGGCUGGCAUGGAUUUUCUUAUAGAACAUAAGGGUCGAUUAUGGGAUCCUGUAUAGAAUUCUUUGCAUCGAACCAACAAAAUUCCAGAUCACGUUAUUACACACUGACAUCAACGAAUUCUCUUUCUUUGAUACGUGUUUCGAAUUCAGGCAAAGGAUCAGAGGAGUCAGUGUCUUUUAUGGGCUCAGCGCUGGCUCCCGAACAACUGGCUUCCCAAUAAUCUUUCAUUAGAUGAGAAAAAAGAUGUUUUUAGAGAACCAAUAAAGCUAUCGUUGUUUGAUUAACUAAACGUUUUCAUGUAAAUCGAUUUUGUACUGUCUCCGUUGACCUCUAACUUUUGAAGAGCUCAACUUCUUUCUCAGUUCGGUCGGCCACUUCCGAAUCCUCGUCGUCUACCGACUGUAUGGGUCGUUUUUAUACUUCCGAAUAAUUUGCUUCUAGUAAGGCCUGAAUCUUCGGUACAGCACCAGGAAGAAGAAUGACUGCUACAAACAAUUUGUGAAAUGGUAAUAUUUGCAUUGUAUGCCCAGUUUUGUUUAAAUCAGUACAGAACUGGACGACACAACGCUUUACCAUUACGAAAAAAUUGAAUAUAUUGAAGCAAACUGUAAGUAAAAAAAUCAUGACGAGACCGGCGAACAACGGCUGUAGAAAAGACUCCUUCGUGCCUCACGCGAUUAUAAAACAAGACUUUGCAGGGUCCACCCGUGACGUCACAGGAAAGAUGGCGCCAUUCAAGAUGGCGAAUGUUUCGAAUUUGGAAGAGCUUUUACAAAGUGAAAAUGGACUUUUGAGAAAAAACGAAUGGUACCUUUGGUGUACUUGAUAUAUUUACUAAACAUCUAUGUGAAAAGAAAAUGAACGUUUUUUGGGUUUACAUGCCCUUUAAGUUCUACGACACUCCAUUUGAAAUGCGCUCUAAAUGAAGCGAAACUGCAGGAUAACACCUUUUAGAGUAGCCAGGCACUAAAGAGUUAGGAAGAAUAAAAAAAAGAAAAGAACGCAGCCCGUAACCGACAAAUUUUUACAACAAAAUAACCGAUAUUGGUGGAGAGGGACAAAUGGUGGCUUUUCUCCUAUAACUGCAUGCGUGGUCAGGUUUUGGUUUUAGCCAUGGCAUAUCUGUAUAUGUUUUACUCUUCCAGUUAGUUUAAGCGUGGAGUGUUUAUCUUCUCAAACAUUGUCGCUGUCUGUUUGUUGAGAAGAAGUAUUUUGGUUUGUAUUUUUUAUUAGUUUCGAGAUUGAGUGUAAGUUCCUUCCAAUUACCUUGUUUGUUCAGUGAUAAAGAACAAAAAUUGUUAUUAGAACUACAGUAUUUAAGCCCAUGCAUGUGCAAGUGAAUAUUUUCAGAGUGCGAGUUUUUGUUUAUAUUCCUUUUUUUGUUUUGAUUUUGUUUUUAGCCUGGUGCUGGAAAGGAAGAAGAACCAAUUCACAUUAUAAACGUCGCUUUGCGAGUUGAAAAGAAUUGCAAAGAUGUGGAAAUCUGUCGAAAGCUGGUGUAUGAGUUUACACAAUCCAAGGUAAGAAUUGCUUUGUUUUAUUUUUGUUUUAUUGUUUUGUUGUUUUUUUUUGUUAUAUAUUUUUUUUGUUUUUGUAAGGGGGGAUCAAAUUAACUCACUAUAGAAGUGCUGCCGGAGUCUUGCCUUAAAGCACAACACAGUUGCUAUAGCCAGUGGUAUAUAAACCCGAAUCAAUCGAUACAGAGUCCAGCGCACUAAUCAUUAGGUCACGAUUUCUCCUACACUUGCAUUUGCUGCAGGCAGAGAGUUUCUUAAAUUUACGCCAGCUUCGGCACUUCUACCCAGUUAACUUUUUACGAAAUGCAGAAAAAGGGUAAAAGCAGAAGGUAUUCUUUUUUGAGCCAAUCAUUCCACUUAUCGUUUUUUGUUGUUAUUAUUCAGAAAGAGAUUUUGAAGGACAAGGGAAUCAGGAGAAUCACUUACCUAUUAAGUGAUUGUAAGGUAAUGCAAUUAUUCCGUGUACUCGGUAUGAACAUGUUUUGUGACUUGCGAGGACGGAAGGAAAUAUCGCAUAUUUAUGUUGAUAGCGAUCGUGGUGAUCUUGGUAUUUCUCUUUUUUUCCGUUUUGUUUAUUUUUUCCUUUUUUUUUUUUUGAUAACUGUCAUUGAGACAGGGUGAUCACAUGAAUUUUUUUUACUCUAAAUAAGAAAAGGAGGUCUACCAUUACACUGCUUUUCCUGCACUACCGUUUGUAAUGUAUAUAAAAAACGUCCGCCACAAGUCUGACACAAACCAGCACCAUUGGCAACUUGAUGCACAAACUAAAAAUAGGAGAAAGAGCUCUCAAUCCAAAGCACUUUGUUUGUAGUAUGAUAGACACAAUGUUAUAUAGCUUGAUGAAUUAUGGCGUAUUCAGCAGGGCAUGAUGCCAUGGUUCUUCACCUUCCGAGCUCGGGACGAUGUGAGUAUGCGACUGUUAAAAAAAAAAAAACGUUCUCCUGAUAUAUGUGUUUAUAGUAGGUUGAUCGACAUGCGAAGAGAGAGGACUUAAAGAAAGGACUUGUCAAAGAUCCAGUUUGUUGGUAUAGAAGAAAUAACAAGGGAAUGUUCAAGAUGUUACCAAAAGUUCUUCUCCUUCACUUCUCCAUUUUUAAUGGUUUGCUUUACAGUUUUCUUUGCUAGUACUUAAAGUGAAACAUUUUCCGUUUAAAGUUUGCCAAAGGAAGCUCUGUAAUUAAAUUCGGCUUCAGGUCGACAAAAGCACCCGGUCUGCUCUACCCAUGAUCCUCUCGUUGGUACCGUAUUCUGAGCAACAGACCGGUAUACGGAAGAUUACAGGCUUGCCCCUGUGAGGGUAUUGAGACUUCUUUACUUCGGCAGUAGAUAGAAAUCUUCUCCUAACUUGUGCCGUUGUAUUUGUUUACCUUCCUUCUAGUUCGAAGAAGAUUCCAUUUAUCGUCACUUGGAGCCAGCUCUGGCAUUCCAGUUGGAGGUUAAUCGUUUACGAAACUUUGACUUGGAGACGAUUCCAACUACAAACCACAACAUUCAUUUGUACCUCGGAUCAGCUAAGAAGGUAUUCAUUAAUCUCAAAAGGUUGUUAUGACCAUGAUUUUGUGUCUGCUUUGUGUUGGUUCAUAGUGGUUGGAAACAGCUGUUACACCGCUUGAUCAGUGAACAAUGCAAAGGCAGGACACUUGAAGGACCCUAGCCCUUGAAAAGUCUCAUUGAUCUCCAAUAAAAUUACUUAAACCUCUUCAAGGGAAUGCUUUGAUGGAAGAGGAUGUGAAAAAAAUUAUCUGUUAAUUAUGAUUUUGAAAAAUUUCCUAAGACUAAUUUUGAUAUUGUUUGGUGUAGCAUUGACAUUGUAAAGAUAAUCUGAAUGAGGUGGCAGUGUGUUAAGUUAAAAAGAAGGAAUAUUGUUCUGAAGCUGAUGAUGUCCAUAUUAUCAUAUUUUGCGCAGAUUUCAGCUCACUCAGAAGUCACAGACCACAGGUUCUUCAUCAGAAGCAUUGUGAGACAUUCGGAUUUCAUUACCCGGGUAAGACCUUACUGACGCACUUUUUUGAGUUACCCUAUAGACAGUGGUAUUAUGUUCCAUUACGAGAUGUUUUCAAUAUGAAGAAGUUACAACUUGCGUUUCUUUUCUCUUUAAUAGGAGGCGUCAUUUGAAUAUAUGGAAAAGGAGAGCGAGAUCCAACUCCUCGAGUCUUUAGAUCAACUGGAAGUUUGUGUUUCAGAGACUGUAAGUCUUCUUUUGUGCAUUAAAUGUUUAAUUUUUGCUACCAGUAUCAUAUGCUAUUAAUAAACUUCCAGCAAACGGCACGAUGAAAUAAUUCCAUGGUUAUUUGCUUUGCAACAUCCAUUUUGAAAUCAUAGGUGAUCUCUAAAAUCUGAUUGGUUCCCAGUAGUGCAGUUGAUUAACGAAACGCUCUAUUAUUUGCUCUAAAUCGCAUCUUUCCCCCAGCCAAGAAGAAAAUAAAUGGAAAACAAAACAAAAAUUCAGAUUUCAAGGCUCAUUUAGUAGUAAUACGUAGAGCAAGCUUGUUUUGUUUAUUUUCUAUGUAAAGUGAAAUUGUCGCAGCUGAUUAGGAUGCAAAAGUAUAACAGUGAAAAGAUCAAAGCACUGGUCACUGGAAAGUUGAUAUUUAAAAGACCACCUCCUGAAGUGGUCAGUUUUACAGAAUAGCAACAAUUUUCUUGUCUCAAAUUGCUUUCUUUGGCAGAUCUAAUAAGUGAGCACCUACGACUGGGUGCCUACGGGAGUUUCGAUUAUAGUAGUUUCAAUUUGGGUGAGGCCAGUGUGUUUUUCCUUGCAGCCCAAGAGAACAGACUGCAAUCACAUUUUCCUGCACUUCGUGCCUUGUGUCAUUAUUGAGCCAAACAGGGUAGGUCUGCUUAAUCUUGUACGAUUUAGGUCUUACGGGGAUAACUGCAUUUAAACAUAAUAAUGACACUGUUUUAAAGUGGUUUGAUUGUACAGGGGAGGAAAAGGUAAACGAUAGCAGUUAAACGGUCCAUCAGUUGAAACGGAUUGUUUUUCUACCAGACCGGUAUGAUUCAGGUGAUGAUUUUAUUGAUAGCAUAAAACAUGACAGAUUUUCCGAUGAAUUCUGCACUUUUGACAGAUUGAAGAAAGUAUACGUCACAUAGUCACGCGAUAUGGCAGACGGCUGUGGAAGCUGCGUGUGCUUCAAGCUGAAAUGAAAGUCACUAUCAGGUAUUGAGCGAUGUUGGGGUAUUUAACCAGAGUUUUAUAUAAAUACCUGUCGAUUUAUGUUUUACACUAAAUAAACGCGUGAGACGCUGCGGCCAAACGAUAGCUUGCUGGUCUUUGGAUCAAAGGUUACAAAUGUCAGCUCCUUUUUCCUUGUGGAGCCUCUCUCCACUCAAGAGUGCGAAUGAUGGCUUCCAAGCAAAUUUAGCGAAAUGCGUAAGGAAGGGAGGGGAGGGUAUCCAAAGGAGAGUGGUGAUGCUCUCAACCGCUCAAUGCUAGUCGGAAGCUGGGCUACUUUGAGAGUUAUUCUUUGUUUUUAUAGUCUUUAUCUUUGAAUUAUUUUAUAUUCUAGGCUAACUCCCACUGGAAAAAAGAUUCCUCUGAGGGUGUUUAUGUCCAACGAGUCCGGAUAUUAUUUGGGCUUCCAUAUCUACCGAGAGAUAACGGACCCAAGGACAGGACAGGUAAGGAUUUCGAGAAAAUCGUACAUAUAUUUAGUAAGGCGGCCAUCGCUUACUAGUUCGAGGUUCUUGCAACAGGGGAUGAGACAGUGGUCGGUGUGAUGUCAGAAAACUGAUGAUGCAACUGUCACUGAAUUUAUGUCUACUUGUUCCUCUCACAAGUUAGAGUCGCGAUCAAUUGUAGAGUCAAAGUAUCAGUCGAGGACGCAACGUUCCGAUUGCUAUACUGAUAUGGAUGGUCUUCGUGAGUUGAUGAUUUUGAAUAAUUUCGUGCUGCUGCAACUGAUAGCUUUGCUUUACAAUUGAUGGUAACUGUUCACCCUGACGUCUAAUUUCUUCUCACAAUAUCACUCUUGACUCAAAUGUAAAGGUCAUGAGAAUGAUGUCAAUGAUCAACAAUUGAAGAAACUUUUGAUUGUCAAAAAUAUUCUCCUCGUUAUAACCAGAGGAAAUGUAGAGAGAUCAGUGUGGAGAAUAUAAAUACUAAUCUAAGGGUGUAAAGGCUUAAUCAUAAGAAAGACGUACCUAAGGGCCUGAAUUUGGACCUUUCGAUCCAGAUUUCUGUUCGCCACUUACUCUUCCACUGCGUAACGUAUUUAACGUAUUCAAGAAGGACCGCGAUAUAAUUAUUUAGUAAACCCUCAAACUUGUGGUACAAGUCUCGCUUGAAAAAGAUAAAACGUUUAUUUAUACAGUGUGUGGAUAUCUACAAUAUGUGCUUUGGUAGUCGUUCUUUCACUUUUUUUUUAUUAACCCUUGAUACCGGAUCAUUGUACAGAUUGUGUUUGAGUCCUAUGAUCAGAAACAAGGUCCUCACCACGGACUCCCUGUAAGCACCCCUUACGUCACGAAGGACCACUUACAGGUAACUACUGCCGUCAAAUUGGCUCACCAAUGUGUUUCUUAUCAUAAUUACGGUAAUGAUGUAUGCUGAACCUAUUACUGAUGCUUGAAGAUUGCGAAUUGCUGGAAUAUUUUUGAUUGAAAGGGAAAUGUAGCUUAGCUUCAAUCAGCACUAACUGUUUUGAGUUGUACACAGAUUCUAAGAUAUAUAUAUAUAUAUAUAUAUUUUUUUUUUUGGUCAGAGCUGGAUACAACUUAAACGUUACGAGACAUCUGGGUAUAUUGCAGUUUGAGAGAUUUCUCGCUCACCUAACAUCAUAGCUCUAAGAAAAUUUACGAAUAGGUAGAAAGACGAAAAAAUUGAUAGGUAAUGCUGUUGUGGUACCUUAUCAAUGCUAGAAACGACGGUUUAUUAUUCAUAAGGAUAAAUUUACCAUUUUUUUUCUUUAGCUGAAGCGCUUUUCGGCACAGACUCUUGGAACAACCUACGUGUAUGAUUUUCCGGAGCUUUUUCAGCAAGUGAGUCAUCUGCCUUACUGCCCUAAUAGAAUUUAGGGUAUAACUUCUCCCAAAGUUAACAGGAAAUCUAAACAUAGGAGAUUUCUAAUUGUAGCUUGAAGAGAGUUCCGUUUGGUAUGCUGAAGAGAGGUUUCGAAGUAUGACGUGUUCAAAACACAGCAAAUAACAAAAGUUGAGCUUUUUCCUGUCUCCUUGCAACUGCUUUUACUCUCAAGUCGAAUAAUUUUAGGUUAUUUUCAAGAAGAGUUUAAGGCCACAUUUCUGCAGCGUGGAUUUAGAGCCCACACGAAAAGUGAAGUGAAACGUGGUAUUCCACAUGUACAGAGUUUGAAAGUUAUUCCCGAGACUCCUGAUAACCGGAGUGGGGGGGGGGAAGAGGGGGAGUAAGAAGGGGAGGAAAGAACAGAACGUGGAUGGUUGGGACUGAGAAAGAUUAGCACGGAUUGUGCUUAACGAACGUUAAGCUUAACUUUUCAAGAUGCCCCUUCAUGACGCGACUCUUCUAAACUUGACACUUCAUAGGCUUCUAUGCCGUGAAUCCACGGUAACUUCGGUAGGACAAAAUAGGAGUACUCGUGCAAACGAGGUUUCUCUUUUCUUUAACGUAUCAGGCUAUCGCAAGGCAAUGGAAACAAUGGUGUUCUAAACACAAGGAGGAAAAAUGCCCCACCAAUGUUGUAAGUUUAUCAUGUCAUGUCUUUCAUGCAGUCUCUCAGUAGCAUGUAUCUUUGUUUUAGACCCAGUAUUAGGCCUAUCAUCCAUAAUACAAAGGCAUUCUUUGAGUCAGUUACAAAAUCGUACGUGUGUUUAUAGGUUUGGUGGGGCUGACUGUUUACACUGAACUGUUGUUAUCUAGUCUUGAGCACAAUACUGAACAAUAUAAAUAAAAAAGGCAAUAUGCUGCUUAAAUGGUGUGAGGUUUCUCCUUUUCUCAUUUCCAUAGUCGUUUUAUUUCAGAUGAAAGUUACGGAGUAUGUUUUGGAUGAAAACGAUCAACUUAUGCCAAUGAACAGAUUGCAUGGAGAGAACACUGUAAGUGAUAUAUACCACCAACACACAGUUAAAAAUGCUUGUGGAUUAUAUUCUGUGUUCUACUAUAGGCAACAUUAACACGACUUUUAUGACUUAGAUUGGAAUGAUAGCAUGGAGACUGCAAUGUAUAACACCAGAAUGUCCAGAAGGACGUGAGGUUAGUAACUUAACUUACUUGCUUACUUCUCCUUAGAAUGCCUCUGAUAAUCAUUAGAGCCAAUGGAAGCUAAUGAAAUAUCAGGAAGAGAACCCCAAGAACUUAAAGCAAUCUUACUUAGUCAAGCUCAAGCGCGAAAAUGAUUGGCUGAGUGGAGAGUAACCUGUUCUGGGAUCUCGGCCAAUGAAACGAGCGACAAAGCUGGGAAGGGUUCCGGAGAAGCUAAGAUUUUUUCCAGGCAAAGUAGGGCGAUUUGUCAGAAUGAGAUAAAUUAGUUCGACCCUACACUACUUUGAAGUUAUGGAAACUUAGUUUACUUACUGUCUAUUGUUUUAUUUUGUUUUGUUUUCAUUUAUUUUGUCUACGCUUUGUUUAUAGAUAAUUGUUGUUGCCAAUGACAUCACAGUGAUGAUCGGCUCAUUUGCUCCCCCAGAGGACAUGCUUUUCAAGGUAAUGUUGUAGUUACUUGACCAAAUGAAUUCGAGGUUUAUGUUAUAGUAAGAAUAAUCGAUAACUUAGCUUUUAAAAAAAGCCAAGAACUAGUAAAUAUUUUGUACAGUUCACUCAACAAAUUCCUGGAACUAGCGAUAGACCUCUUUCCAAAAUAAGAGAAAACUAGGAAUGCUAAAUGUUUAAGUCAAGGGUUAGCAUUUCAGGGAGUUCUCCGAACUACAGUUCGUUGUUAUUGCCAGUGAAAUACUUCUCAGAUGGUAAGUUACCACCAGAAUGACUCCAUAGCUAUUAAAGUUCAACUGAAUUCAAACAUUACUUUUGUUUGCAGUGUUCUAAUUUAUCUUUUCUGAUCUUACUUUCAGAGAGCUUCUGAAAUGGCAAGGGCUCAGGGCCUACCAUUUGUGUAUAUCUCUGCUAACAGCGGUGCUCGCAUUGGAUUGGCCGAGGAAGUAAAGCACCACUUUAAAGUGGCCUGGAAUGAUCCCCUUGCACCCGAGAAGGUCAUAGGAUUUUUAAAUUUGUCUCAUGUUAUUUUAUUGUUAUUUAUUUUUUCUUUUUUUUCUUUUUUGUAGAGUAUACCUGAUGAUUAGAUACGCCAGAAAAGAAAAAAAGACAUCAGAAGUUUUUCAUCUAAUUAGCUCUUUAAAUAAGCUUAAAAAAGGAAGCAGUCGGAAGAUGACGUUAAAGUUUUUGUCACGAAAAUAAAUAUAAUUUCAGUUAGACCUUUGUUCUCAAGACGUUAGACAGGCAGUAUGUGCUACCAGAUUUAAGUUAAAUGCAACCAUAUCAAGUUUACACUUACCGAUAAGUCAAUCCCGGAAACAGAAACUUUUCUAUGUAAGUUAAUCCUACUAUGAGUUAGUUGUCUUCUGUUUGACUUAAAGUUUAUUUAUCUUUUCAGGGCUUCAAAUAUAUUUAUGUCACUCCCAGUGACUUCAAAAAGGUGAGAGUGGUGUCAUGAUUUUCGUUCUGGUGUUUCAUUUUCUUAAACUGCUUACCUGUAUUUAGGGAGCGAGAAUCGUUUUGUGCUCUUGUACGCUGACCCAUUCUUAUCUUUCCAAACACUCCUAGAAGGAAGAAAUAUAACUACCUGUUUUAUGCCUAGUUACAGAGCAUUGGUAGCACUAAUCGGAAGGUCUUUGGUUCGGCUUGGGCUUCGGCUUCGGCCUCUGUCGGAGGUACUCGGAAGUCAGUUCUAUUUGCCGAAUUUCCCUCUCCACUGACUGACAAAGAGAGUUUCCUCCUUAGCUCUAGAUACCUAUCGUUCAGCAGUUUCUAUUGAAACGUGAUGUGAUCAUGUUUUAUCAUUCCAGCUGAGUGCCACAAACUCCAUGCAUGCUGAACUGAUUGAAGAUGACGGCGAGUCCCGAUACAAAGUCACUGACAUCAUAGGUGAGCAUUAAUCACACUGCAUUGUAAUGAAUAAGUGUGAAGAGUCCUCUUCAAGCCAUUAGAAGUCAUACAUCUCUAUAAUCAAUUAUCAUGAACUUUUCCUCCGAGGUUUUAUCUCAUUAGUUAUUUACAUACUCUCUGCAGGACGUGAUGAUGGUAUCGGAGUGGAAAAUCUAAAAGGGUCUGGCAUGAUCGCCGGAGAGAUGUCCGCUGCUUACGAUGAUAUCGUGACCAUGAGUCUUGUAAGUAGCUGUUCAUUGUAAUGAUUUUGAAAAUUCGAGAACUGUUGGAGAUCGAUCGGAAAAAUAUUUCAAAACUGUGCGUUUUCUCAAUCGAAAUGUUUGUUGACUGAUCAGUUUGAAUGAAGAACUUUUACAAUCCUCAGCAACCGAGCAAUGAAGACAAAAAUGAUAGAACUUAAAGCAUAAGGUGGCCGAAUCUGACGAUCUUGUUUUAUGUUAUUACUCAGUCCAUGCAUUGAGUUCGCGUGCUACUUGGUAAACAGUUUUCUUAAAGCGAUUGGGUUACAAAAACUAUCCCCUGUACCCAAAUGUUAACAUGAUAAAUACGAGAUCGCCUUACCUCUUUUAAGUUGUGUUUUCCCCUUUUGUAGGUUACGUGCCGUGCUGUUGGUAUUGGUUCUUACCUCGUUCGUCUUGGUCAGAGGGUUAUUCAAGUAGAGAAUGCGCAUGUUAUACUCACGGGAUCUGGAGCACUAAACAAGGUAGAGACCUUUUAAGUCUAAGCUUGAAAUUUUUUUUUGUUCCCUCAGUUAUCAAAAAAAUGACAGAAACCUUGGCGGAUAAUACUGUUUCGUUUAUUUAAUAGAUAUUUCCUCUCUUAGGUCCUUGGUCGCCAGGUUUAUACGUCAAACCUUCAGCUGGGAGGACCUCAGAUUAUGCACAAUAAUGGUGUGUUGAUACGCGCAUUUUUGUGAGAUGUAGAUAGAAACGGCAGGGGUUUUUUUUUUUAAUCACAGUCUAACAUUGCACAUUGUGUUCUUAGUUGCAGAGCCGAAUUUGCUAUAUCCGCCGUCACUCAUUAUUUUAUUAAUGCAGAAAAUAACACAUUUGAUCUAAAUCCUCCAGCCAGAACUAAGUAACAAAACCUUCGAAACCCUUUAAGCCCAUGUUUCCUGACAGAUCCACGAGACGAUUUGCAACUGCGUGGAAAGCAUUUCUAACAACGAAUCUACGUUUCCAAAGGGCUUAUUUUGUUCUGAAACUUAUUUAAGGGCUUAUUUUAAGUCUCUUUUCUUGAGAUGGAGGAGGAGGCAGUGUGGCCGAGUGGUUAAGGCGUUGAACCUGUCAUCUGGUGGUCCCGGGUUCAAGCUCUCCACCCUGCUGCUCACUGGGUUUGUUGUCGAUUGCUCCGAGUUCAUCUCCUUGGCUGAGCUCUGACACCGACCAGUUGGCAUUUUUAAAUGCUAUGUUUAAUUAUCUUGUUUGUGUCAAUAUGUUUUUACGUCAACUAAUGUUGUUAUUCAUAGAUUGUUAUUAUGAUUGGGAUUUACUCCUGACGUUGUAUAACAGGGGACAACAGCCCCCUUAUACUUGAAGUGGUACAGUCGCUAAAUUCCUAUAACUGAAUCUAUGCCUACGCUCUCUACAGGCGUGACUCACAUGGUAGUUGCCGACGAUUUUGGAGGAAUUUCCGCUAUCGUGCAGUGGCUUUCGUAUGUUCCUAAGGUAAGUAUAUCAAAAAUGCAACAAUUCUCGUUGACAACUUUGCUGAAAAAACUCAAUUUCUUUAUUUUUUAUUUUUUGUAUUUUUGCAUCUUGUCAUUUUGUUGUUUGUAUUUAGUGCAAAAAUGGUCCUCUGCCGAUCCUAAAGACGAGUGAUCCUGUUGAGAGAGAAAUUGAGUUUGUCCCACCCAAGACACCAUAUGAUCCUCGGCACUUGAUCUGUGGAGCACCACAUCCCGGUAGGUACUUUAAAGUUUAAAGUGUUCAGAUUCAUGAAUUUAAUCCUAGUCACUGAAGAAGCGUUUGCUCUCUGCUUGUCCGUUCAACCUCGCGCGAUUUUGAUAGAUGUAAAGCAAAAAUUUUUCCAGCUUUAAAACAGAGAACAAUGACUUUAUCUAUUUGUAUAUUUUUGGUUAUGUGGUUAUAUUUUAUAUACUAUUUGUUUAUGGGUCGUCAUGGUUGUGGAACGAAACAUAAGUUAGCACAUCAAGGGUUUAACCAACGGAGUGUGCAAUGGUUUGCCGUAGGAUAGAGUCAGCUAUUCAUUGUACUUUACUGUUACAUGAAUUACAAGCCAAAAAUAAAAAAUAAACCACUUUCGUGUGUCUUGAUGUAUCAUGUAUCAUUGAGUUUCGCGAGGGCGUUCUUUGCGUCGUUGAAAGCGUCUAUGUAACUUUCCUACAAGAGCUAUUGACUUUGUUGACUACUCUGUUUUGUAGAAAAUGAGGAUGUCUGGCUUAGUGGCUUCUUUGAUAAUGGUUCCUUUGUGGAAACUUUAGACGGUUGGGCAAAGACUGUCGUGUGUGGAAGAGCAAGGUAAGCUAAGUGACGAGUGAUCUGUUUUUGUUGUUUGUUAGUGAGGCCAUUUGUUAUCUUCGACCAAGUUUCAUUUUUUCGUAAUAUUUACUGUUUAUGUAGGCUGGGUGGUAUCCCAAUGGGAGUGAUAACUGUCGAAACCAGAGCAGUUGAAGUUGUUAUUCCUGCAGAUCCUGGCAAUCCUGAUUCCGACACCAAGGUAUGAACGCACUUCCUCUGUGUUAAUCCUGAAAUACUGGCUCGGUCAACAGGUCUACUCUUUUUUUCAGUAUUCCUUUCAUAUGGCGUCUCCAAAGAAUUGAACACCACUCGGUGUUAAUUUAUUGUUUGCAACUAAUGCCACAACAAGAGAGGGGAUUGAAAAGUCGGCAUGUCAGGAAAGGCUUCAGAAUUUUACCCACUGACUAAUAUAUCUAAAAUAUUAAAUGCGCAUCUUCAUUUUUGGGAGAGGUAUUUAUUAUGAGAGAGGAUCAUCUUAAUUGUUACCUAGGGACACGACAGAAGAAGUUUAGCAGGCAAGGAAUACUCAAUGAAAUAGUUAUUCCUUUCAUCACUGUUAUCUCCAUUCAUUUCAGAUUCACGCCCAAGCAGGGCAAGUGUGGUACCCAGAUUCUGCCUACAAAACUGCGCAAGCCAUCCGUGACUUCAACAAAGAGCAACUCCCUUUGAUGAUUUUUGCCAACUGGAGAGGAUUUUCGGGAGGUAGGGGGGGACUCGUUAAGAUAUCAUUAUUUAAUUCUCCUCUGUACUUAAAGCAGCUGAACUAUCGUAUUUGUCCAUUGGUUAGUUCACGUUUCAUUUUUAACCUUCCUUGCAGAGAAUGACUUGACGUACAAACACUCGUGUUCGAAUAUAAACAAUCUGGUGAUAUGGUUCAUAUUAGAUAAUCUCUUUGAUUUAAGUGUAUGAUGAUGCUGCGUCGGGCACUUAACUUCCACAUCUGAUACGUCUUGCAGAUAAUUAACAACUAUUCACCGAAGUGUAGGUGGUUAGUGGUGGAUAUUUACUAAGUCACGAAGCGGCGAGGUAAACAUCCAUCUCCAGCCACCGUCUCUGAGCUGAAAAGUUCUUGUAACACAUCAUUUAUUCCUUUAACGAUUACUAUUUUUUCGGGGUGCAAAUCCAGCGCGAAUUGCUGAGAGGUGAAUAGCAAAGGAGUUUGAAUAGCCAAUCAAAGCGCGCCUUUAACGCUAUCCACUGUUUCAGUAGACACUAAUGAAAGAUAUCAGAGAGGUCGUGGAUGAAUAGAAUUGGAUAAUAUUAUAUUGACAGGAAGAAGACAGAGGUGAAAUUCUUUUUGGAGCCAAUUUUUGUAGAGAACUGUUCCUCUGACAAUUAAGAUAUUCCCAUGAUCAAUAACAGAUUCUAUUUCUUUAACAACUCCUAGGAAUGAAGGACAUGUACGAACAAGUGUUGAAGUAUGGCGCCUAUAUUGUCGACGCACUGCGAGAAUAUGAACAGCCAGUGUUUAUUUACCUCCCGCCAAAUGGAGAACUUCGGGGAGGAGCAUGGGUCGUAGUGGAUCCAACAAUCAACCCUGAUAUGAUGGAGAUGUACGCUGACCAAGAAAGCAGGUAAGAUGACCUUGAAAACUCGUAUAAAAUAACAUUGCUAUGCUUUAACUUUUUCUUACGGCAACUGUAUACACUGAGUCAAAUUACGAGCCACAAGGCUUAUACCGUUAGUGCUUUUACCCCGGGUUCAUUGGCAUGAGGCGACUUGGUUUAUACUUCGACCUUACAUUUCUGAAAUUUUCCCUGAAGGUCUCUUGUAUCUAUUUAAACUACUGGGUGGAGAUAGGCACUGAUAGAGGAAAGGGUCUUUCCAAAUAACACAACACACUGUCCCGAUCAAGUUUCAAACUCACUCCUUACCGCUUUCCGGCCAACAGGAGUACAUAAUACGCUUUUUCUAGUGAAUUUCUAUCGACAGAAAGGUAUCAAAUUAUUAAUAUUUUGCUCCUGCGGCCUGCACUCUGAGAAAAAAGUUAUAUAAAACUACAACGCAAUACUUCAGACGAAAGGCUUGAAAUACUUCGUCGACGGGUGGUAAAUAGAUUCAUGGCCAGGACCUUUUAUAUAUGUACGCAAUAAGAACAGAACACACAAGACACUCUGUUUUAUCUUUUUCGUCUCGCAGAGGUGGAGUACUUGAACCUGCCGGUACAGUGGAAAUCAAGUUCCGACGUAAGGAUCUUGUAAAAGCCAUGCACAGAUUGGAUGCCAAAUGCCAAGAGAUCGCGCAGGCUCUCGCAUCAGCAGGUAAUAAACUCGCUUGAUUUUGGGGGGGGGCGGCGGCUUGUAAGAGGUGAAAGUAACACAAGAAGGAGUUCACUUAAAGGCGGCUCUGCCAGCCGAAAUUAAAAGUAUACCCGACGGUUCAGGUCAGGGAAUCAUAAUUUAUGUACUCCAAAAGGAGAUAUAUUUUCGUAACUUCAACGAGGCACACUCGAGUCAACUAACGACCUUAAAAACCUCUGCCUCAGCACACCUGUACAGAUUUGCGGAAUCCCAUCCCGUUUUUGAAAGCACUUGACGUUUCGAAAUCUCGUUAAUUUUAGCUGAGCGACUUUGUUUCAGAGUUACCAGUCAAAGAACGUAAAACACUGGAGAGGCAGCAGAAGGAACGAGAGGAACUGUUACUACCCAUUUAUCAACAGGUAUGGUGAACUUGAAUGAGAUCCUAGUCAAGUAAUAUCAUGCAGAUAUUGACUUAAAGUAGGAAAAGUACGUAUGUGUUAUCAUUGUAAACUUUUAGUCAAGACUUUCAUGCAAGAAACAGGCCAAUCAAUGUUGACAUAGGCCAUCCAGGGUGAAAAAUCGAGUGCUGAAGAAAACCGAGAUAUCCGUCAAUCAAUUACGUUUAGUUAUGGAUAGUGAUAAAAGGUUGGGAUCUGUUGUGCAUUAAGUAAUCAUCUACAUCACGAGUUCUUAAUUUGAUCUUUGUACUUCCCGUUCACAGAUUUCAGUUGAGUUUGCUGAUCUUCAUGAUACUCCAGGGCGUAUGCAAGAAAAGGGAGUCAUCUCCGUAAGUUCAUUUUAAUUGCUGGUCGUCCCAAUUUCAGUCGUUUCGCAUUUCGUCACCGUCGUUAUUAUCGUCGUCUGUGCCAACUGCUAAACGGAAGAAGCAUUCAAACAAUGCAUAGUUUGAAUGUCCUUUUCCCCCUUUCCAAAAAAUAAACAGAGCCAAGCGAGCUAUUAAUUAAAAAAUGCUUAGGGUUGGGUGGGUCGAAACUGGAUUAAAGGUACGUAACCCUAACCUGUUGUGGCUCAAAGUACUCGGCCCUGAUGCGAAAAAAAAAAAAAAUUCGAUUCAACUUUUGAGUUCAUUCCCUGUUAGAAUAUAACAUUUGUGACUUUCUUUCACUUUCUAGGAAGUUCUCAAGUGGAAGGAGUCCCGCCAGUUCUUUUACUGGCGCCUAAGGCGAAUUUUGAUGACCAGAGACGCUAAAAAGAAGAUCAGGAAGGCUAAUCCGUAAGAAAUCAGUGCAGUUACUUCUGAGCACAAAAUGCGAUAACAUUCGUAAAGUCAAUUUUUUUUGUUUUGCUUUUCAUAGCGAUAUUUCAAGCCCUCAGCUCUGCUCCAUGUUGGAAAGAUUGUUUCUAGAGGCACACGGGAACACCAAGGUAAACAUCCCUUUUUGAACUUUGUACCAACAUUAACUCAUUGAUUUUGUCCACUUAAAAACUUUUGACUCGGUGCACAUCGUCAGUGGAACUGUUUCCUUCUCCCUUGUUUGAAAGAAAGUAAUCUGUUCUCUCGUAAAUGUAUUCUCUGUUCUUCUUAUGCUGCAGUCUUACUUGUGGAAUGACAACAAAUCAGUUGUGGAGUGGUUGGAGAAGGAAGCGAGUCUAAAUGAACACUCUGUCAUUGACGAAAAUGUGAAGUGGAUAAGUAGGGAUUGGAUCCUAAGACAGAUUAAGACGUAAGUAUCCCUUCAAAAUCGUUCUUUCCUUCUAUGCCAUGAGCGUAAACAUUCAACCCGGUCAUUGUCUGAAAAGAAAGAGACCAGAGAUCGUUCUCAAAUAUCAGUCGUAACGAAGAAACUAGAGAGUAUACCACGGCAUGAGAAAUAUUGGAAAAAAAUGUCUAUAAAAAUGAGAUUCUGAACCUUGCAUAUCGGAUUCGGAAUGUUGUAACGUUUAUUUGUAUCACCCCUUCACACCCUAACGUCAGAGUACAUAUUCCCUGCACCACUGUGUACACAUUUUCUAUGAUACCGACAAAGAGAAUUUGUAUUUAACAGUCAAGAGUUCCUUCAGUUGAGGGUCAUUUCCUACUAUUUGUAGAAAAUUUUUAUCAUGUCACGAUUUUGAUGCUUGGUAGGUAAGAGCUUCUAUUUCAUCCACUGUAGACUUGUACAAGAAAAUCCUGAAGUUGCAAUGGACUCUAUUGUACACAUUACCCAGCAAAUGACUGCUGCCAAACGUGCGCAGGUUUCCAAGAUUUUGGCUGCCAUGGACUCUGGUAGUACUGUGGAUAAUUCAAAUGGCGAGUCUGCCAGCUAAAACGCAAAUUUUGAUUUGACUCCAACUUGACAUGACUGUAGCAUGUAAAUAGUCGAUUGUGUAGGGGAAAUAUUUUUUUUAAGAGACAGAACUUCGUCAACUCUUUCUCUUACUUAUCGCGAACAAAUUUUCAAACUUUGAUGAGAUUUCCCCCCAUGUGAAAGUCAUUUUACCAAAGUUACUUUGAUUUCCAGGCACUUUGAUUCGUACUUAGAUACUAGUACCAGGAACAUAGAAAGGUAAUGCAAUUCAUUCACCUGGAUAACAAAAAGUAUUUCUGCAGAAAGUCGAACAGUAAAUGCAAGUAUUAUCAUUGUGUGGUUUUUGCUUUUAAAGAGUACUCCCACACGCGAUUACCCUCAAACCUCUCCGUGGAAUUUGAGUUGACGGAGUUCUGCAGUUUACGUUAUAACGUCCAUUUUGGUAACAUAUCGCAUGCUUUGUCGCUAAAAAAAAAAGAUAUCUUGCCUCGAAAAGGUAUAAAUAAGAACAAAAAAUUGAAUGUUUUCCUCAAGUGAACGAAGAGAGAGGUUGCUUUUAGAGGGAACGAGUACUAGUAUAUUUAAAAAAACAAAUUUGUCUUAAGGCAAAUAUUUAAUAUUCGCAGUGGAGUAGUUUUUCUCCAGUAGGUUGCUAUUAAAUCUCGUGCCUCUUAAAGUUUCUUCAAACUUAUCAGUGUAACUGACAUAAAGAUCUUGAUGUUGACAAAGAUGGGAUAUUUCUAAUGAGGCUGGGAGUCAGGCUUAUCGGAAUGCUACCGUAUUAAAAUACUGAAGUGGCUGAUAACUCGAUACCAGGAGGCUGAUAGGAAUAAUGUGCCUUCCCUGUGUUACCAUAUGGUCUAAAUGAUGAUUAUAGUUGAAAGUGAUAAAAUUGCCAUAAGAAAGUUGUUUAAUUGAGGGAUGACAAACUCGAUAGGUUUAUAUUUAUAAUGAUGUGAUUCUUUUUUUUUCCCAAGCUGUGUGGUUCAGAUUGUAUUCUAUGAUUUUGAAAUGAUAUUUUCUUUUACGUUGAAUUAAAUUUAAAGGUAGUUCUCUUUUGUCAAUUCACUUAAUUCAGCUUAGUGCGCCAUUCAAUCUCAAAGAAUGAUAGUUAAGAAAAUCAAUCAAUAAAUAAAAACGUGAAUUAAAUUUUCCUGAUUAUGUUUUUUCAUUUUCAAGGUUUUGUACAAGUAGAUUUUGAAGAAUUUCACUCAAGCAGUGAUUUUACAAAAAAAAAUUGUUAUUAAAUCGACCAUGAUCAUAAUUUUUUAUUCCUUAAUACCAUCAAUCAGUUUGCUUUGUUGACCCAUUCGUUUAGUAAAUAUUAGAUGUACUGAAAAUGAAC